AUGGUUCGCAUGCUUGCUGUCCUGGCUGCCGCCAGCUUCGCGGCAGCCGUUCCCACUUCCUGCGGCGGCGCUUCCAAGGGCGACGCUCACGAUAACGACCACGGGUACGACCACGGAAAGGGAAACCACAAGGACCACGACAACGACAACGGCAACGACUGGGGUAAGGGAGGCCACGGCCACGGCAAUGGCAACGGCGGUGACUGGGGCCAUGGAAAGGACCACGGCAACGGCAACGGCCACGGUGGUGGCUGGUACUCGGUGACCGCCACCAGUGCUUCGGCCACUCCCGUCAACACCGCGGCCGACAUCCAGUACACCUCGACCGCCAGCGCCGACGUCGCCGCUGCGGCCGCCACUGCCAAGACCGAGUCUCCUACCUCCAACGUUGAGGGCAAGGUCUUCAACCGCAUCAUGCAGGUGUACCUCGAGACCACUGCCUACAACAACUCCAUUGCCGACCCCAAUUGCCAGGCCCUCAUCAACCAGGGUAUCUUGCUUACCAACAUGUACGGCAUUGGCACUCCCAGCCAGCCUAACUAUGUUGCCCCGGCCAGCGGUGACGAUUUCGGCACCAACAGUGACUCUUUCCUCUUGGUCGACCGCAACGUCUCUACCAUCGUCGAUCUCCUUGAGGACAAGGGCAUUAGCUGGGGUGACUACAACGAGGGCCUUCCUUACACCGGCUUCGAGGGCUUCGAGUAUGACAACCCCGAGGAGGGCAACUACGCCCGCAAGCAUAACCUGCUCGUCCGCUUCGACUCGGUCACUCUCAACGAGGACCGCCUGGCCAAGGUCAAGAACCUGACUCUCUUCUACGAUGACCUCGAGAACGACAGCCUCCCCCAGUGGCUCUUCGUCACCCCCAACCUGUACAACAACGGCCACGACACCAACAUCAGCGUCUCGUGCGACUGGACCCGCAACUUUGUCGAACCCCUUCUUUCGGACCCCAAGUUCAACGACGGCAAGACUCUCAUCUACAUCACCUGGCAGGCCAACGGCCAGUACCCCCUUGAGCGCAACCACGUCGCCGGUAUCCUCCUGGGCUCCGCCGUCCCCAAGGACCUGGUCGGCACCAAGGACGACGCCUUCUACAACCACUACAGCGAGCUGUCUUCCGUCCAGGCCAACUGGGGCCUCCACACUCUCGGUCGCUGGGACGUCGGUGCCAACGUCUGGAACUUUGUCGGAUCCAAGACCGGCGACAAGAUCCGCGAGUGGAGCACCAAGAUUGCCGGUGACAGCUUCGCCAACUACUACUGGAACCAGAGCUACGGCGGUGUCUUCAGCAGCGCCGAGAACACCUCCCACCUCUACGUCGCCCCCAACCUGAACAUCCUCGGUGGCGGCUACCGCACCAUCCUUCCCGCCAUUGCUCGUCUCUGGGCCGGAUCCAGCCUCCCUGACUACUACCGCGACAUCAUCGAGCUUCCCGAUGCCUUCCACCCCCCUAAGGGCUACGAGGUUCCCAUCGGUCUCCAGCCCGCUGAGCCCAUCACGACUCCUAUCCGUGUCUACCCCGCCUAA